CAAGUCCACGACUCAGCUGCUGUUGAUCUCAGCUAUGGCUUCCUCCGGAAUCACUAUCUGCCUGGAGAAGGAUGAUGCCAAGGCAGUUGCCCGAGUCCUGCCCUACGGGGGCCAGGACUAUGGGGAGCUGAAGCGCCGGUGUCUCCAGCAGGGAUCGCUCUUCGUUGACCCAGACUUCAAACCCAGCCCUGAGUCGCUUGGAUACAAUAAGCUGGGACCUGGCUCCAAGAAUGCCCAGGGGGUGGUUUGGCAGAGGCCAAAGGACAUCUGCAAGCCCCAAUUGCCCUGCUUUAUCUGUGAAGGAAUGAACCGUACAGACGUCCGCCAGGGGAAACUGGGCGACUGUUGGUUUCUGGCAGCAGCAGCAUCCCUCACAUUGUACCCACAUCUCCUGCACAGGGUGGUCCCACAGAGUCAAAGUUUUGAGACGGCAGACUAUGCAGGCAUCUUCCACUUCCAGUUCUGGCAGUAUGGGCAGUGGGUAGAUGUCGUGGUGGAUGACUUUCUGCCCACUGUGAAUGGAAAGUUGAUUUUCGUGCACUCAGAGGACAAGGAUGAGUUCUGGAUGCCUUUGUUGGAGAAAGCCUACGCCAAGCUGAAUGGCUCCUACGAGGGUAUAAGUCUAGGAAUGAUGAAUGAAGCCUUUGUGGACUUCACCGGCGGAGUUGGGACCAUCUUUCUGCUGAAAACACCUAACCCAGAGCUCUUCAAGAUCAUUCGAGAGGCGCUGAAGAGGCGCUCUAUGAUGGGAGCAAGCACUCUGGCUAGUGGUCCUGAGGAGACUGAACUACAAACCCCAGAGAAAAUGCUGAAAGGGCAUGCGUAUUCCAUCACCGGAUUCCGCAAGGUCCAUGUGGGGGGCCAGAAGGUGAAGCUGCUGCGAUUACGGAAUCCAUGGGGCAGGGUUGAGUGGAACGGCAGCUGGAGCGACACCUCACCGCUUUGGAGCUAUGUGGAUCCUGGACUCCGGGAUCAGCUGCAUGUGAAACAAGAAGAUGGGGAAUUUUGGAUGCAACUGUCUGACUUCAUACAUCAUUUCGAUAUCUUGGAGAUCUGCCACUUCCGCACUGAUGGGCUAGAAGGGGAGAGUUCCCCCUCUGGCUGGUACGGCGGCGACUGCUUCCAAGGGAGCUGGGUCAAAGGUCACACUGCGGGUGGACACCGGACCUUCAACGCCUGGGACACCUUUUGGAUGAACCCCCAGUUCCACCUUUCACUGCUGGAGCCGGACGAGAAGCGAAGGAAAAAACAGGAUCAACUCCCUCAUCCCUCCUGCUCCCUCCUUGUCUCCUUGACGCAGAAGGACCGGGGCAAGAGCAAUAAGGGCUUCCUUUGCAUAGGCUAUGACAUCUUUCAGAUGUCCGAAGAGAAAAGGCCAAGGAAACUGCUCCUCCUCCCGGGGAGAAAAGCCUUGUCGACUUUCUUCCUCCAGUAUCUACAGCUGAAGAGCACAGCUCAAAGAAAACAGCUGCUCCCCAAACUCAAACAAGUUUGGCCGACUGCCUACGGGUAUUUAAGAGACAUCACCGAAUAUAUCCGGUUGCCCCCCGGAGAUUACCUGAUCGUCACCAGCCUUCAAAACCCUCUGGCUGAGGCUGAAUUCACCAUCCGCGUCUUCACGGAGAAGAAACAUCAGUUCCGGGAAAUUGGCGAAGAAGUCAGCGCAGAUGAUAAAGCACUACAGAUAAUGAUAUCACCCAGGAUUGAACUCGACCAGAUGCUUGAGAAAACUUUCCUGGAGUGGGCAGGCCAGGACCAGCAAAUGGGCGCCACUGAACUCCGGGGCAUUCUGAAUCAGAUCAUGAAGACCACUUGGUAUCCGCUGAAAACUGAUGGCUUUUCCAUGGAGCAGUGUGAAAAAAUCACCCAGCAUUUCAGUGGCAGCAAGACAGGCAAGCUGACACUGAGCGGGGUUAAGCAGUUCUGGACUAAGAUAACGGAAUGGGAGAGUAUAUUCAUUGGUUAUGACAUGGACAGGUCUGGCACCAUGAACACCCAUGAAAUGCAGCUGGCACUGGACACUGCAGGGUUCCACUUAAACACAAAGACAAGAGAGGCCCUCGCAGGAAGAUAUGGCAACUCCUGGCUUCAGAUGGACUUUGACAGUUUUGUGUCUCUCAUGGUGCACCUGGAAAGUGUUUUCCGGCAAUGCAAAAGCUGGGAUGAUGAUGACAAGGGACAGAUUUGCAUGACAGAGCAAAAGUGGAUGGAUCUUGUCAUGUCCACCUGAUUCAGCCAUCUCCCACUCUCCAUCCGUGGACGAUCGCAAUUCAUUAUGCCCAGAGGCACCCAAAGAUACAUCAACAUUCACUGAACGUUUCAAGUUCCGCAAUCAGAAUAAAUCAAGCACUGCUGUGAAAUACUUAGCCAUUUUAAUUCUAUAAUGGAUGUAAUUAAAAUGAAACUUUUGGUCUCCACUUUGCUUAGAGCUGAAAAGAAUACCAUUUUAAUUUGCAUAUAAGUAUCAAAUGAGCAUGAGGCAGUUAAUCCCAGGGUUGUGGGUUUGAGCGCCAUGUUGUGCUAAAGAUUCCUGCAUUGCAGGGGGUUGGAGUAGAUGACCUUCGUGGUCCCUUCCAACUCUACAAUUCUAUGAAAUGUACAUUCUUAUAACAACACAGUAAGGUACAAAAUUAUUUUAUAUUACCAUAUUUUGGUUUUGAUUUGUGAUGAAGUUCAGAGAUUUACCUGUUUUAUUGUAACGUGUUUACUGAUGCUCAUUGCUGGAAUAACUUUAUAUAAGCUGCUUUUUUCUGAUCUGCCUGGAAAGCUGUAUAUAACUUUAAGUUUAAAAUUUAAAGUAGUUUAAAGUUUAAAAAGUUUAAAGUUAAGUUUAACUUUCAGUUAAGUGGAAAUUAGGAACAUUUUUCUGCUCACUAUAUAUAUAUCCACGUCAGUCAAAGGAAGUCCAAAAAUAUGCAGGAAACUCCACAGAGUUAGCAACAUUUGCUUGGCAAGGGUUAGAGCAGGCUUCCUCAAACUCUGCCCUCCAGAUGUUUUUGCCCUACAACUCCUGUGAUCCCUAGCUAGCAGGACCAGUGGUCAGAGAUGAUGGGAAUUGUAGUCUCAAAACAUCUGGAGGGCAGAGUUUGAUGACGCCUGGGUUAGA